AUGCACGGCAACGCAGCGUCGAUCCUCGACCUGCAGAUGAGACAUGGACAGGGGCUUGCUGCCCAAACCGCGUCGAGAAAUGCUCCGGUGCGGCAAAGCCAGCGUCGGCCCCUAUCGGAUGAUGCCGACCACACGGAUGCGCUCGAGCCCGAGGGUGGCUCGCUUGACAGCAUGCAGCGGGUGGAGUCUCGACUGGACGCACGGGUAAGAAGACGGGCCAACGCAGCUGCACGACUGCCACCGCCAUUGGCACGCAGCCAUGCGGGGGAAGGCAACAGUCCAAUAACGCUCGACGGAGCAAAUAGAGCGAGGCGAGUCGAAAGCGUGGCGCAGGGUCGGCGAGGUCAGUCGGAUGGUUUGGUAGAGUGCAUGGUGAACCUGCAAGCUGCAGAACGCGCACCGCAGCCUCGCCUAUCCACCACGCCUAUCCGCACGCCAGAUGUCACCAGUAACUUUAGCCUCUCGCUCCCGUCCCGACUCUGGGCUUCUUUUUCUUCCGACGCUUGGACCACCUCGCUUGACGCACACCUUCAUAUGCAGUACUCACAUGGAUGCAGAGUGGGCCUAUCCACCUUUGUCCGUCGCAAGAAUUGA